UCGUGCCCAACCUGAGGCCUCGAUCCGUGACAAUAAAUUUGAUCGAAUCCAACAUAAUAUGCGAGUUGCAUAUGGGCCACGAUUCAAUUGUAGAUGCGGCCCAUUUUGGGUGACGAUGAUACCUUAAGCAAAGAUGCCACCUUCCCCCGAACGAGAGAACGAGUAGCUGCAGCAGAAGUAGCAGCAUCCAAAGGGGUCCAUUUUCGUCCUCCUCCCGAUCCAUCACCUGUUCUUCCUCGACUCUAAUGGAGCCGCCGCGGCCGCCGCUCUUGUGCGUGGGGCUUCUCCUUCUUGUCGAGCUCCUUCUGCCGCCGCCGACCUUGGCGAAGUCUGACGACCAGGCGUGCCUCUCCAACCUCCGGCGAUCGCUGACGGACCCCAACAGCAGCCUCCGGAACUGGACCCGCGCCAACUUCGCUGCCCCCUGCAAUGGAUUCACCUCCUACCUCCAGGGCGUCACCUGCAACAACGGGCGCAUCUACAAGCUCUCGCUCGCCGGCCUCGCCCUCGGCGGUGCCAUCUCCCCUUACGUCUCCAACUGCACCAACCUUCAGUCCCUCGACCUCUCUUCCAACCAGCUCUCCGGCCCCGUCCCGUCGGAGCUCUCCGCCCUCCUCAACCUCGCUGUCCUCAACCUCUCCUCCAACCGCCUCACCGGCCCCAUACCCCCGCAGCUCGCCCUUUGCGCCUAUCUCAACGUCAUCGACCUCCACGCCAACCUUCUCUCCGGCCCCAUCCCUGACCAGCUCGGCCUCCUCGUCCGCCUCUCCACCUUCGACGUCUCCUACAACCGCCUCGAGGGCCCCAUCCCUGUGCUGCUCGCCAACCGGUCGGGCUUGGCGGCGGGGCUGCCGCGGUUCAACGCCAGCUCCUUUAUCGGCAACAGGGACCUCUACGGGUAUCCCCUGCCGCCCAUGAGAGGGAAGGGACUAUCGGUGCUCGCCAUUGUCGGAAUUGGGCUCGGUAGUGGUCUUCUUAGCCUGGUGCUCAGUUUCACCGCGGUUUGCAUCUGGCUUCGGGUCACAGAGCAGGCGGCCAUGAUGACCAACGACGAGGGCAAGGUCUCCCACCUCAUGCCCGACUACUGACUGGUUCGCUUCUUCGGAUCUGUCCCGCCAUGAAUCCGGCAUCAAAAAUCCCAUCUUGGACUCCCCUUCUCAUUCUUCCAAGAGUAAAGUUCGCUCCUUUUUGUUCUUUUUCUUUUCUUUUCUCUUGCCUUUUGGUUUUACUUAGCCAUCUGUCUGCCUUUUCUUCUUUUGUUUUCUCUGUGAGAAGAAGUUCUUUGAAGCUUGACAACGAGAAUGUAUACCAAAACUUGACAAAGAAACUAAUUGAGUAGCUCUGUUCUGUUCAAUACAGAGCUUUAUGUGAUGGAUGGGGAGGACAUUCGUACAAGGAGACCUUAUGCUCUGCUCUGUUUAAUCUUUAAUCUUACGAUAGGAAGCUGCAGAGAACGUGAUUCUGAGUUGAUUUAUGGGGCAUUCUGACUAGUUUAAACCAAAGCCUGAGAUUGUGUCUUCCAGGCCUAACCUAUGCAGCUAUCCUGUCUUGGCCUAAUGACAUAAUUAUAUCUUGGAAACCCUACCUGCUUUUGUUUUUUAUGCUUCUCUUUCUUGUUUGUGGAGUAAGGAUACAGUCACUAAGGAUGGCAAGUCUAAGCAGCUCAAGUGGCAAUAUCAAACUGUAUGUCCCCUGUAGACUCUGUAAAACCCAGUUUAGAGCAACCUAAUGAAGCAGAUCUUUUAUGUUUAA